GUUGAGAUUAUUUUUAACCCAGGCCUACUGAGGGCUCUCAUCGGGAAAGGACGAGGGGCCAGAGGAUGUCUGAGCUGGACUCAUGCCUGCCCCCCCCCCCCGCCAAACUGGGGCUCCUAGCCUGGGUCUGACCGUCCCACCAGCCCGGCCAAGUCAUCCUCCUUAACCCCAGAGACACCCCCCUCCCCAAAACCCCUGGACGUUGGCAGGGCCUGAGGCCCAGGCAGGGAAUAUGUAAGGAGAGGAGGGGAGGGCAGGGCAGGGCAGGGCCUGGGGCCAGUCCCAGAAUAGACGUGGCCUUGGAGGUAAAAUUAGCCCAAUGAAAGGGUGGGGGCUGAGACUAGCCCACUGAGGCUGAGCUCAGAGGGCAUCAGGACCUGGAGGAGACAGAGAGCGAGGGAAAGGCCGUCAGAAAGCAACAGCUAGCGAUUGCGGGAGGGACACGGACAGAAACUGCUGCAGCCCCAGAGGGUCAAGGAGACCGGCCAGAGACACGAAGCAGCGGGCUGAGGAAGCGCAGAGACCACAGAGGCAGAGACAGAGUGGGAGCCCCAGGCGGGGCCCAUGGGCCGGGCUGACCUCAUGGGGCCCCUUUGGCCACGUCUCCGCUGUGUCCUCUUCCUCCUCCUGCUGUCCACCUCCAAGGCCCCGGGGGGCCUCGCCAGAGCCCAGGACUUCCCAGAUGCUGCCCUGAGCCCCCCAGGAGGCCGGGAGCCUGGAAGCCGGCCUGAUGAAGUGGCUGCUCCAGGCCACAGCCCAGGGAGCCACAGGGAGGAAGGAGAAGACACCUCGGCUGAGGCUGGGCUCUGGGGGGCUCAUCACCAGGAGCCCAAGCACAGCCACCCUGAGGUCACGUCUUCGGAGCAGGGGCACUGGGGGGGAGAGGAGGACGAGGAGGAGCGGAGGACCCAAGGCCACGAGUCUGACGACGGAGGCGAUGGUGGUUACAGUGAGACAGCCUCAGAGGAACAGGACUCCUGGGCUAGCCACGAGCCCCGGGCCCUGGAGCAGGACGGCCUUCCCACAGAGCACAGUCUCGAAGACGAGGAAGAAGCGUCAGCAGAGGUCGGGCACUGGGUGAGCCCCAGGGAUGACUCCAGAGAAGCAGAGGACCUUGGUCCAGGCUUUGCCAAGCCUCCAGGCCAGGGGGGCGAGGGGGGGGAGGAGGAGGAGCAGCAGGAAGAGGAGGAGGAAGAUGAAGGUCGCUGGAGGGGGCCCCAGAGUCACAGGGAGUCAGAAGAGGAGGAUUCUGCUGAGGCGGGGCACGGGGAAGAGGCAGGGGACGCUGGGGCUGGUCAGGAGGACCACAGAGAAGACAGCGGCGUCUCUGCUGAGCGUGCCCGGGAGCCUCCAGGCACUCUGGGGGAGGACGAGGAAGAGGAGGAAGACACCGAGACCUCGGUGGAGGAGGGAGGGCACUGGGGAGGUCUGAGCUUCAGAGCCCAGGGCGAGGAAGAGGAGGAGGAAGGGGAGGAAGGCCCCAAGAGAAGCCAGGAGGAGGCAGAGCAGGAGGAAGUCCGCUCCACUGUCCGGGAGUCCUUGAGGGCUGAGGUCCCCCCUGAGGACCAAGAAGCUGAGGCUGGUGUCCCCGAGGCCAGGGACAGACCUGAGGAGGUGGCCGGCAGGGCUGAUGGAGAGGAGAGCCUGGAAGGCCGCAGUGAGGAGGAGCAGGAGGCCAGAGACCAGGGCCAGGAGGGCGAGGAAGAGGAGUACCAGCCAGGCUCUCUGUGCCACUACUGUAGCUUCUGCAAGAGAUGCACUGAGUGCGAGUCCUGCCGCUGUGACGAAGAAAACAUGGGAGAGCACUGUGAUGAUUGCAAGCACUGCCAGUUCUGCUAUCUCUGCCCUCUGCUCUGCGAGACAGUCUGCGCCCCCGGAGGCUAUGUGGACCACUUCUCCUCCAACCUGUUUCAGGUCUUGGCCGAGAUGGUGGAAACCCCGGAACCGUGAUGAACGUCUGGACAAGCUGCGACUCCCCCUCCCGGCUUCACUCACUUAUUUAUUUUGAAUAAACCCCAUCCUUGCAGGAUUGUGCAAGGGAUUUCUGGGACUCUGGGCUGGGAGGACCAUCUGGGGUGAUUCUCCCCUCUCCCCCCCAGCCCCCGCCCCGGGAAAGGCUGCCUGGAUCCUUGAGAGGAAAAGGCCAACCCCGGUGUCCCUAGGAAAUAAAUGAGCGCAGGCGGGUCUUUUGAAA